UUGGAGGCAGAAAUGGCACAACAUCUGCGUCACACAUCAGUAAUGGAAUCAAAUGCACAUUUAAACCUGAUUUUACUGGGGACAGCACAAUCUGGAAAGAGUGCGUCAGGAAACACAAUACUGGGACGACAAGCUUUUGUGACAAAUGAAAGGCACUAUUCAGUCAGACAAGAUGUUGCUGUUGUAUCCGAGACCGUCUUUGGGAUUCCAGUCACUGUUCAUGACACACCAGGGUUAUAUGAGAGUCAGAUCAGUGAUCAUCAGAUGCCACUCCAAUAUAAGAGUUUUUUCCAGAAGUGUGAAUCUGGUUCCUGUGUGUUUCUGCUGGUCAUCAAAGCCGACAGAAUCACUGCAGAAGAGAGAAGAAUUGUGGAGAAGAUUGAGAGAGAAGGAGGGACACUGCCCAGACGGAUCACAACGGUCACAACCUUCACUCUUGAUCUUGAUGUCAUUAACCAUUCAACUAGAAGGAUUGUUCUUCUGGGUAAAACUGGUUGUGGCAAGAGUGCAUCUGGAAACACAAUACUGGGACAGAACGUGUUUAAAUCUGAGAUUAACUUAAAUUCAGUAACCCGUCAAUGUUCAGUGAAUCAUGCCACUUUUUCAGGAAGAUAUGUGUCUAUAGUUGAUACUCCUGGAUUUUUUGACACACGAGAUGAGGUGAACACAGAUGAGCAGGUAAAGAAAGAGAUAGCGAGAAGUGUUUAUUUGUCCAGUCCUGGACCUCACGCUUUUCUAAUUGUUCUGCCUGCAACUGACAGAUUCACUGAACAUGAGCAGCAGAUUCCUCAAAUGAUUGAGAUGAUGUUUGGUCAGGAGGUGUUAAAAUACUCCAUCAUUCUCUUCACUCAUGGAGAUCAGCUGAAAGGAAAGUCCAUUGAGGAUCUCAUUAAGGGGAACAGUCGAAUGAGACAUCUAGUUCAAGAGUGUGGAGACAGAUUUCAUGUCUUUGACAAUGAAGAUCAGAAUAACAGAGAGCAGGUGAAUGAUCUGCUGAAGAAGAUUGACACAAUGAUAGAGCAGAAUGAUGGAUACUACAGUAAUCAGAUGUAUGAAGAUGCUCUGAGAUACAGACAAGAGGAAGAAAAGAGGAGAAAGAGAGAGGAAGAGAAGAGAAAGGUGGAGAAUAAAAGAGUCAGUGUCCAGAAUAACAAAGCAGAGAAUGAAGCUCAAAUACUUAACGCAGAGAGAGAGAGGAAGAAUGGAGAAAACAACAAAUAGAGAUUGAAAGAGUCAGAAUCCAAAUACAGAAUAUGAGAACAGAGUAUGAAGCUCAGAGAUCUGAAAUGGAAAGACUUAAAGCAGAGAGACAGAGAGCAGAAGAAUGGAGAAAACAACAGGAGAGCAGAGCACAAAGUAACCCUGAAUUUGAAGAAUUUUAUAGGCAGUAUGAGCGAAGGUUCAUUUUUUCAGCUAUUAUAUCUGGUACGAAGCAUAGUGGUAUUGGUGCAGUUGUUGGUGGUGCUCUUGGUGCAGCUCUUGGAGCUAUUGGUGGACCUGCUGGUGUAGUUGUUGGUGCAGUUGUUGGUGGAGCUGCUGGGGCAGCUAUUGGUGGAGCUGUUGGUACAA